AGAGCUCAGACAUGGAUGACCCACUCACAAAAUGGCUCCACUUACACAGUAACAUCAAGAACACGGCUGGAGCGGCUUUGGUGGACUCUUGCAAGUGGUGAGGGCAAGAAAAUGAUGGAAAAACGGCUUUGUCCUGCCAGCCCCGAUGCAAAAUCCGUUCGUGGCAAACGGGAGGACUCCUCCAUCAUAUCCAGACAGAAUGGAUGUAAAGACGAUGAGGAGGAGUCGCACAGAGAGGAGGAGGGGGACGAGGAAAAGGAGGAGGAGGAGGCAGAGGAGGAGGAGGAGGCGGAGGAGAGGGGCGGGGGCUUCAAUGGGGUAGAGGAGACGGAUGACGCUCCUCUGCAGAACUCCAGGAAUAACGGGACCAGCAUCAGCAUCAUCAUCAACGGCGUUGCCAAGGAAACUGUCUCUCACAACGCCCUUGACCUGAAAAGGGAAGUGCCGGUGAUCGAGCUCUGCAGGAGGGACGCUAUAAAAGCGGUGGAGCAGAGGACUGAAAGCCAUUUGGUGGCGAUCACGGAACUUCGCAGACCUCCACCGCUGCCGCUGCCGCUGCCGCCACCGCAUCGAGACGACGCUCGAAUGGUCCAACUGAGCCCAAACGCGUUUCCUGUCCCGGCCCGGGCAAUGCUCUACAACCUGGCGCAGCCUCUCGCCGCCAUCAACAGUCUCGGAGGGGAGUCGGAGCAGUACAGCAUGUACCCCAGCAACAGGGUAAAGCGCCGCCCGGCGCCUUAUGAGGUUGAACUCGACGAGGCUGGUCAGCCGAAGAUUGUCCGCCGUAUCUUCACCAACAGCCGUGAACGCUGGCGACAGCAGAACGUCAACGGGGCAUUUGCGGAGCUCCGUAAACUCAUUCCCACUCACCCUCCAGACAAGAAACUGAGCAAAAAUGAAAUCCUUCGGCUCGCUAUGAAGUACAUCAGCUUUCUGUCCAACCUUCUGGAGGACCAGGAUGGAGGGAGGAAUGUUGGCAGCACAACUGACGAUGAAACUGGGCUGCUGGUUGGGGUCGGGGCCCGUGAGGGGGGCCCUCAGAUUGGUCCACGUCAAGACACAGUUGUCAGCUUGGCAAGGGAUGAUCUUCUAGAGACGAUGUCACCAGGGUCCAGCUGUGGAAGCCUGCCUGAUGGUGAUGGUGAGGGCAGCCCUGAGAGCUUUAUGGAGGACCAGGACUCACCACCAGCUCCAAGGACUUUACCGGCUUCACGUGGACCCCCACUGCAUCUAGCUGCUAGAGAUCUGAGGCGCAGCGGACGCCCGUUAGAUGGUUCCAGUCGCCGAUGAUGCUGAUACUAACAGAGUAUGAACAGAAGUGAAAGUGAACAAAAAGCUGUGGACAUGUUUGGCAUCUCAUUAGUUUUGAUUUUAGGAAGGAAAAUGAAACACUUUGUAGUGUCAGAAAGUACGUUCCCCUGUCAUGAUGAUAAACGAUUUGGUUCAGUUUGUGAUUGGACAAAUUUGAGCCAAGAAAGACUUGUAAAUUCUGCAUGUCUCAUAUGUUUCACUGACCUGCAGAUCAUAAAGCCCGUGCUUUAAAAAUCCAAAGACAGGCUGUUCCAAUGAAAUAGAGAAAUCAGCAUCAUCAGAAAAUGAGAAAUAAAAACAAUCAAAUUCAAGAAUACUUGAC